GCAGCCAUGGAAGGGUACUUCUCAGCCGUCCACAAGAUGGAGCAAACAGUGAUGUUUCCCAGCCUCCUCCGAGGAGUCGCCUUUGAGGAGCAGGAUGCCACCUUCGAAGCCGAUUCCGACAGUGACAAAGACCUGUUUGAAUAUUUCACGCAGCUGAAAGCCAUCAAGCAGGUGGUGGAGCAAGGUCUGAGGCCGCUCAACAGCCCGCUGCCCGGCAGUCUCACCCGGGUGAAAGAAGACGCUGAAGGAGAAGCAGAUCUCGAAAGACUCUUUUACUACCACAUCUCUGGCCUACAGCGUGUCUUCCACCAGCUGACUGGGAGAGCCAACAGCGUGACUUCCAAAUACAAUGAAAUUCUGCAAGAGAUUAACCAGAACACAAUCGCUAUUCACUGGUGAAACCCAAACCAGGAACUGGAAAGGGCAAGUCGGAUGUCUGUCCUCGACUGUCUGAAGGAACAAGCCCCCUCUGAAGAAAUGGCCAACCCAAGACAUCUGGAAUGUCAGCUGGCUGAACCAUACAGUGUACCAGCAGUAAUGCCUUUUUUCAAGCACUGAUAAAUAUUAUUGUUAUUUUUAUUAUUUAUAUUCACAUGGGCCAGACAUGGUUAUGUGUGGUAUGUUAUUGCAGUUUGAAAUUAUGUAUAAUUUAAGGG